AUGCCCUUAACGUUUAGACAUGUCAACUAUAUCGGUUACGGUAUCUACAGUGAUCUCAAAACCCGACUACCGUAUUACAAAUCUGAUUUCAAAGACGCGUGGAAUUAUAGAGUCGUUCCGUCCACUUUGUCCAUCUUUUUCUCAAACUUGCUCCCAGCUAUUGCCUUUGCCCAAGAUAUGUUUGACAAAACUGAUAAUGCUUAUGGAGUAAAUGAAGUUUUAAUGUCCAGUGCUAUAGCAGGAGUGGUAUUUGGACUAUUUUCAGGGCAGCCAUUGUGUAUUGUUGGUGUGACGGGGCCAAUAUCAAUCUUUAGUUACACAGUGUAUGAGUUGAUGACGCCUAGAGGAACGCCGUAUUUCCCUUUCAUGUGCUGGGUAUACCUCUGGUCGAUGGUGUUUCACAUCUUGAUUGCCGUUGGUAACUACAUUUCGUUUAUGAGAAUCAUUAGUUUGUACUCGUGUGAUAUUUUUGGGUUCUUCAUAAACAUGGUUUAUAUUCAAAAGGGAAUACAAAUUUUGUCCAACCAAUUUGAUGAGGUUGAUUUAGCUAGCGGAUACGCUUCCGUCAUGAUUGCAUUGUGCAUGUUGAUUUGUGGUGUCGGAUCAUCCAUUCUUGGGAGUUACUUGCAUUACUUUAAACCCUGGAUGAGAAAAGUGUUUGCUGAUUAUGGUGUUGUUGCGUCUGUGAUUUUCUUUACUGGAUUUAUACACUUUGGUGGUAAGUUGGACGGCACAACGUUUGCACGAUUGCCAGUCACCAAAUCAUUUCAACCAACGGAGUCAGGCGAUCGUCGACCUCAUGGAUGGUUUAUACAUUUUUGGCCAGGGGAGAACAUUGAAGUAGGUGAUGUAUUCCUUGCUAUACCUUUUGCCAUAUUAUUGACAUUUCUAUUCUACUUUGAUCAUAAUGUGAGCUCAUUGAUGUGUCAGUCAAAAGAAUACCCAUUGACGAAACCAGCUGGGUUUCAUUGGGAUUUCUUGUUGUUGGGGAUAACGACAGGAGUUGCUGGUCUUAUUGGUAUUCCUCCACCGAAUGGUCUCAUUCCUCAAGCUCCACUUCAUACAGAUUCUUUAGUGGUUUAUGACAAGUAUGGAAAGAAAUUGUCGGUUGUUGAGCAGCGACUAACAAACACUUUACAAGGAGCGAUGACGUUUGUGAUGAUGUCACGGCCGUUUCUUGUCUUACUCGGAUUGGUCCCACAAGCUGUUCUAUCAGGAUUGUUUUUCAUCAUGGCGGUCACGGGAUUGCACGGCAAUAUAGUUACGAAUCGAAUUCGAUACUUUUUCUUAGAUAAAGAGUAUAUUGAAACAGAUCCUGCGUGCCCUCAAGUAUGGAAAGAUAUACACGCAUUGCCAAAUAAGAAAUGGUUUUAUGUGUACACCAUAUUGGAAGUUAUUGGCGGGGUUGGUGAGUUUGUAAUCACUUUAACAAUUGCUGCUGUUGGGUUUCCAGGAGUGUUGCUUUUCCUUGCAUUUUGUGCUAAAUGGGUAUGGCCGUUAUUUAUACCUAGAGAGGAUCUUGAUCGUUUGGAUGGUGAUGUGGCUGACGAGUUUAUUUUGAAAAACUUUACUGUUGCUUCUGAUGAGAAAAAGAGGAGGAAACGAAUACGAAUGGAAGAUGAGGAAAACAAGUACGAAGGGGAGACAGAAGUUGGUGAAUCAAUAAUGGCAAGUAGCAGCAGCUGA